AUGGCGACUCCCGCCAGCGAAGUGGCGGCGAGUGCAGCGGCCGCGUUCGCUUUCACUGCUGCGAACCGCAGCUGCAUCAUCGUCAGCCAGAAACAGCGGGGCAACCCUGUGCUCACCCACAUCAGGAACGUGCGGUGGGCGUUUGGGGAGAUCACGCCAGACUAUCUCCUCUCCCCCUCCUCCUGCGCGCUCUUCCUCUCUCUCCGAUACCACCUGCUGCACCCAGACUACCUCUACUUUCGAAUUAGGGAGCUGCAGAAGAGCUUCCGCCUGCGAAUCGUGCUGUGCCACGUGGACGUUGAUGACGUCACCAAGCCCCUGCAUGACAUCACCAAGACGGCUCUUCUGAAUGAUUGCACACUCCUGUGCGCCUGGAGUCCCAACGAGUGUGCGCGGUACCUGGAGACUCUCAAGAGCUACGAGAACAAGCCGGCAAACGGCAUUCAAGAGCGAGUCGACAGCGAUUAUAUUUCCCGACUCACCAGCGCCCUCACGUCCAUCCGCCAUGUCAACAAAACCGAUGCUCUCACUCUGGGGACUAACUUUGGGACUCUGGCCAACAUCAUGGGGGCAUCGAUGGAUGAGCUCUCGCGGUGCCCAGGGAUAGGAGAGAAGAAG